UGCGGGCGCGGGCGGGGCGGCGGUUCGCUGGCUGGCGCGCGUGGGCCAGGUCCUCACUGCCUGCUGCGCACCGGCCAUCCUGUGACCCUCCGGCUGUUCACCAUGGCCGCCGGCUCUUCCUCGACCUCCAGGGGCUCCUUGCCGAAGUUCCUGGAGAACCUUUCCGGGGCCGGGAAGGCCAUCGGUGUGCUCACCAGCGGCGGAGAUGCCCAAGGUAUGAAUGCUGCUGUCCGUGCUGUGGUGCGCAUGGGAAUAUACACGGGGGCCAAAGUGUAUUUUAUCUAUGAGGGUUACCAGGGUAUGGUGGAUGGAGGUGCCAACAUCGUGGAAGCAGACUGGGAGAGUGUCUCAAGCAUCCUACAAGUGGGUGGGACAAUUAUUGGCAGCGCUCGCUGCAAAGCCUUCCGCAGCCGGGAAGGUCGCUUGAAAGCUGCUCUUAACCUGGUUCAGCUGGGCAUCACCAACGUGUGUGUGAUCGGUGGGGAUGGCAGCCUCACCGGAGCCAACAUCUUCCGGGAGGAGUGGAGUGGACUGCUGGAGGAAUUGGCCCAGAACGGUAAGAUCAGUGAAGAAGCCAUGAAGAAGCAUGGUUAUCUCAACGUGGUGGGUAUGGUGGGCUCCAUAGACAACGACUUCUGUGGCACAGACAUGACCAUUGGCACAGACUCAGCUUUGCACAGAAUCAUUGAAGUCAUUGAUGCCAUCAUGACCACUGCCCAGAGCCACCAGAGGACCUUUGUCCUGGAGGUGAUGGGCAGACACUGUGGGUACUUGGCCUUGGUGAGUGCCUUGGCCUGCGGCGCAGACUGGGUUUUCCUCCCGGAGUCUCCACCGGAAGAAGGCUGGGAGGAGAACAUGUGCAUCAAACUCUCAGAGAAUCGUGCCCGGAAAAAAAGGCUAAAUAUUAUCAUUGUGUCCGAAGGAGCAAUUGAUACCCAAAAUAAACCUAUUACCUCUGAAAAAAUCAAGGAGCUUGUGGUAUCACAGCUGGGAUAUGACACUCGAGUGACAAUUCUUGGACAUGUGCAAAGAGGAGGGACCCCUUCAGCAUUUGACAGGAUUUUGGCUAGUCGCAUGGGGGUGGAAGCAGUCAUCGCCUUGCUAGAGGCCACUCCUGAGAUCCCUGCCUGUGUUGUGUCACUGAACGGAAACCACGCUGUGCGCCUGCCCCUGAUGGAGUGUGUACAGAUGACCCAAGAUGUACAAAAGGCAAUGGAUGAGGGAAGAUUUAAGGAUGCUGUGAAACUCCGAGGGAGGAGCUUUGAAGGCAACUUGAGGACCUACAAGCGACUUGCCAUCAAGCUGCCUGAUGAUCAAAUCACAAAGACCAACUGCAAUGUGGCUGUCAUCAACGUGGGAGCGCCCGCCGCUGGCAUGAAUGCGGCCGUGCGCUCUGCCGUGCGUGUGGGCAUCGCCGAGGGCCACAAGAUGUUUGCAAUCUAUGAUGGCUUUGAUGGCUUCGCCAAAGGCCACAUCAAAGAAAUUGGCUGGACAGAUGUUGGAGGUUGGACUGGCCAAGGAGGGUCCAUUCUUGGGACAAAACGCACCCUACCUGGAAAGUACUUGGAGCAGAUCGCUGAACAGAUACGUGUCCAUAACAUCAAUGCCCUGUUGAUCAUUGGUGGAUUUGAGGCCUACCUGGGACUCCUAGAGCUGUCAGCUGCCCGGGAGAAACACGAGGAAUUCUGUGUCCCUAUGGUUAUGGUUCCUGCCACUGUCUCCAACAAUGUGCCCGGUUCCGAUUUCAGCAUCGGGGCAGACACAGCUCUGAACACUAUCACAGACGCUUUCAACAGUGCGCUCGUGAUGGCUAAGGCUCGAGACAGCCACGAGGAGUUUUGCUUUCCUGUGUGCGUCGUGGCUGCUACUAUUAGCAACAGUAUCCCAGGCACAGACUUUAGUAUUGGUUGUGAUACUUCCCUGAAUGUGCUUGUCCAGACAUGUGACCGAAUCAAGCAGUCCGCCAGCGGUACUAAGCGACGUGUGUUCAUCAUCGAAACCAUGGGGGGCUACUGUGGAUACCUAGCCAACAUGGGGGGACUUGCUGCUGGAGCUGAUGCUGCCUACAUUUUUGAAGAGCCAUUUGACAUCCGAGAUCUGCAGUCCAAUGUGGAGCACCUGACAGAGAAAAUGAAGACCACCAUCCAAAGAGGUCUUGUGCUCAGGAAUGAAAGCUGUAGUGAGAAUUACACCACCGACUUCAUUUACCAGCUCUACUCUGAAGAAGGAAAAGGGGUGUUUGACUGCAGGAAGAACGUGCUGGGCCACAUGCAGCAGGGUGGAGCGCCUUCUCCAUUUGAUAGAAAUUUUGGAACCAAAAUCUCUGCUCGAGCCAUGGAAUGGAUCACUGCCAAACUGAAGGAAUCCCAGGGCAAAGGAAAAAAAUUUGUUACUGAUGAUUCCAUUUGUCUGCUGGGAAUGCGCAAAAGAAACUUGCUUUUUCAACCUGUAACAGAGCUGAAGGAGGAAACAGAUUUUGAGCACAGAAUCCCCAAGGAACAGUGGUGGCUGAAACUCCGGCCACUCAUGAAGAUCUUGGCCAAGUACAAAGCAAGCUAUGAUGUGUCAGACUCUGGACAGCUGGAGCCUGUGCGUCAACGUGGCACUCAGGGAGAGGAGCCUGCAGACAUCUGAAUGCCACAUGCCACCACUGACCGUGACUAGGGAAACCUGGGACUCACCAGGGACCAUCCUUUUUGUAACACUUAUUUAUCAGCACUUUAUGCAAGUAUUAUUGACCGUGAUACAGCAAGCAUCAACCACCAGUGUCAUUCCUAUAGCCCAGGCAGACCCCAGGAAAUGAAAGCACCCUCACUCCAGUGUGAGUUGUUUACUGUACCCUGUGUUUUGUGUCAUGCUUAAAAAAUUCGUGUAUCUAGUGGAAUUAAAGAUUUGGCUAAAAUUCUGA